GGCGGCGGCCGAGGCGGGAGAGGCGCGAUGGCCGACCGAGGCGUCCCCGCUGAAGUGUCCGGCCCUCGGGGUUCUCCGCGGCAGGAAGCCCGGCACCCGCGUGCAGCCGGGCCGGGCAGCGGUGAGACCCCACGCACGGCGGCGCUGGCGCUGCGUUUUGACAAGCCCAUCAAGCAGGCCUUCUACAACACGGGGGCCGUGCUGUUCGUGUGCCUGUGCUGCGGCGCGGCGGUGCUCGUGUACUUCAUCCUCGAGGCCUUCCUGCGGCCCCUGCUCUGGGCGGUGCUGUGCGGCACCUUCCUGCACCCCUUCAAGAGCUCGCUGACGCGCCUGGGCCGCCACUGGCUGCAGCGCCUGCACCGCGCGCACACGCCCAUCGUGCUGGCCGCGCUGCUGCUGCCGCUCUGCUUCGCCGACUACGGCGUGGAGGCCCUGGGCGAGCAGGUGCUGCGCCGCCGCCGCCUGCUGCUGCUGCUGGGCGCGGGCGGCCCGCUGCUCUACGGCCUCUACUGCCUCGGCAGCUACCUGGGCGUGCAGGUGCUGCUGGCGCACGCGGGCGCGCUCAUCUGCCGGGGGCUGGACUAUUUCAGCAGCCUGUGGAUCUGGACUUUGGUAGUUGGCUAUGUGUUGGCCGUUUCAUUCAAGUGGAAUGCCAGCACUGAACGCUAUCUGAGAGCAGUUUCAAUUCCUGUCUGGAUUAUCUUGCUUUUUCAUUUAGCAUCAUUGGCUGGCUCAUGGAGAAUUCCAGUAUUCCUGGUUAUUGUUUUCCUGAUGUCUGUGGGCACCCUCUAUGAAAAGCAGAAUGGGAAAGAGUCUGCUGGGGCAGAAUUACCAGGGCAAGUUAUCUCCAUGGCAGCUUCUACUCUAGCAAAUCUGGCCAUCUCUAUCACAGGGUAUGAGUCAAGCAGUGAGGACCAGCCCUCCACUCUGCCUGCAGAAUCAAUGGACAAGGAAGGCGAGCCUCCUCCAACAUUGUCUGCUGCUGCUCCUCCUUCUUCUUCUUCUUCCCCUUCUUCCCCUUCUUGUCCUUCCUCCCCUUCACCCACUCUGGGCAGACAAAGGCCUGAGAUUGGAACAUUUCUCAGAAAGAAGAAAACUAGUGACAUUUACUUUGUGUCUCUUGGCUGGGCCAUCAUAGUUGUCCAGCUCUGGCUGAACUUGUGGAUUGUGCAGUUGCUGCCAGUGCCCAUUGCAGUCUGGAUAAUCAAAAAGCUUGUCAUUCACUUUGGAGUUGUGGACUUCCUGGAGAAACGGUGCCGGGUAUGGUGGCAGGUUGUUGAAGGCUUCCUGAAGGAGCGACAGGAGGCUUUAGCCCCAUGGCCAAUUAUUGGGCUUGGAAAAUUUCUGUUAAAAGUUGAUAGCAAGAUGAUCAUCUGGUUGGAGAAGAUGUUAGAUAAAAUAAUUAGCAUUUUUAUCAUAUUUUUGCUAGUAAUAGGAACACUUCUUUUAGCCCUUCUCCUGACUGCAAAGGUACAUCAAGAGAGUGUACAUAUGAUUGAAGUCACAAGUAAUUUGAUUAAUGAAACUGUAGCAAAUCACCCUGAGUGGGCAAAUUGGCUUCCUGAGGCUCAGGUGGUCCAAAGAGCUCUGAAUUCUGCAGCUAACAAUGUGUAUCAGUAUGGAAGAGAAUGGAUAACCCACAAGCUGCAUAAAAUUUUAGGAGAUAAGAUGAAUAAUACUGCUGUAAUUGAGAAGCAAGUACUAGAACUCUGGGAUAGACUAUAUCAUUCUUGGUUUGUAAAGAAUGUAACACAUUCUGGAAGGCAUAAAGGGCACAAGAUGCAUAUAAGUCGUCAGAACAGCUGGCUGGGAGACAUUCUGGACUGGCAGGAUAUUGCCUCUUUUGUUCACGAGAACAUUGAGACAUUUCUUUCGAUAUUAUCUUUUGGCUUCCAAAUAUGGAAGAUGAAGAUCUUGGAGUCCUUGUGGAUUGUUAUGAGCCGGAAUGUGAGCCUGCUAUUUACUACAGUUACCACGCUGCUGACUAUCCUCUUCUAUAGUGGCACUGCCCUUCUUAAUUUUGUACUCUCCCUGAUAAUUUUCCUGACCACACUGUUUUAUCUAUUAAGUUCCAGUGAUGAGUACUACAAGCCAGUGAAGUGGGUGAUAAGCCUGACACCACUAUCUCAGCCAGGUCCUUCCUCUAAUAUUAUUGGCCAGUCUGUGGAAGAAGCCAUCAGAGGGGUGUUUGAUGCUUCCCUCAAAAUGGCGGGCUUCUAUGGAUUGUACACCUGGCUGACUCAUACUAUAUUUGGCAUCAACAUUGUCUUCAUUCCAUCAGCUUUGGCUGCAAUUCUUGGAGCUGUGCCUUUUCUGGGAACGUACUGGGCGGCGAUUCCUGCAGUUUUAGACUUGUGGCUCACCCAGGGUUUAGGCUGCAAGGCCAUCUUGCUGUUGGUUUUUCAUCUCUUGCCAACAUACUUUGUAGAUACUGCAAUCUAUUCUGAUAUAUCAGGAGGUGGCCAUCCUUACCUGACAGGCUUGGCAGUGGCUGGAGGAGCAUACUACCUAGGCCUGGAGGGAGCCAUCAUUGGGCCUAUACUUCUCUGCAUACUAGUAGUUGCUUCCAAUAUCUACAGUGCCAUGCUAGUUAGUCCUACAAAUUCAGUGCCCACACCAAACCAGACUCCAUGGUCUGCUCAGACUCAGCGGACUUUCCGUGAUAUCUCUGAAGAUCUGAAAUCUUCAGCAGAUUGAUGGGCUUCACAGUAUUUGCUCCCUGGGAAGUUCCACCUCGACAGUGAGUUGCCCUCUGAGGAGGCCUCUUGUCAGCUGGGCCUGACUGUACCCAGGAAAGAAGCAGAAGCUUCCUGGCCUUCAGGCAGAGCACCUGAACAAGAGACAACUUGCUUUGGGCUGCUUUGCAUUUUAAAACACAACUUAAGGGUUCAGAAAUGUGGUUUUGCACACUUAAGCAAGCUAGGAUGACUUGAAAAUUUUAAGUUUAUACACUGGUACCAUGGCUUGAAAUUUUUUUGCUUUAUCUCUAUUACGAUAAUAUGUAUUUAUAAAGUUAUUUCAAGAACUCUAAACUAUCUGUUGUUAAAAGUAUAUUUAGUAUAAUUUUCUCCUGUUUAAGAGGUCUGUUCUUAAACUUUUCUAUGACAGUCACUCUUCAAUGAAGAGGGCUUUCAGUUUUGACUAUGUAGUUGUUUAAUAAUGACACGGAUAAUGUGUCUUCCCCUCUUUGAGGAAGAACACAUCUUAGGUGGACAGAUGGGAUGGCUUAUUUGUGUAUCAGCUGUGUGCUGCAACCAGAGGAAACAAAGAGAUCAGAGCACUCCCUCUCCUUCCUUCCUACCUUCCUUCCUUCCUUCCUUCCUCCCUCCCUUCCUUCC